CAGCGGGGCAAAAACUAUUUGGGUGCUACCCGGACGCAUAUGACCUCAGUUGAUUCUUCUCGUCAAUCAAGUCAAGUACGCGUCGUCGUGCGAGUGUCUACGUGUGAUAGAGCUAAAGAGCGCGUCUUGAUGUACGGUACACUACAUUAAGGUCCUCUACUGUCUUGAAUCUUGUGUUGGCCAUGGCUACAGACGCGUCUCAGCAGCAGCCGCGAGAGUUUGAACUGAGACGCGCAGAGAUUGUUGGGCAAAUUGGCGAGUCGUUAGAACAGGUCCUGGCACAAAUCAACGCGUUAAACCGGAGUCUCGAGGGUAUUAUCGAGAUUGGGAACGAGUUUGCGUCAGUGGAAGCACUGUGGAGUCAGUUUGAGACGGUCAUGGGACGAGAGGGCAAUGCUGCCACUUCUGCAAGCUCUAACAACACUGGAUAUGAUGGUGCAUUGGGUGACGCUUCUGCCCAUGGUAACCAUCGAUAAUGCCGUAUGAUUUGGCAUCGGCUUGCAUACCUUGAACGCCGCAAUACCACCACCCGUCAAAAGUCGAUAUUCGUCUUCCGUCAAACCCGAGGAUCGGGAGCGACCUGCAAAGAAGCACGCCACGAAAAGUCUUUAAGCCGUUCCAAGGACCGAUCUUAUUCAAUGCUCAGAUGAUGGACUCUGUGAACAACUCUAGACAUCUUGUCACCUUUUCAUUCCGAGGGACAUACUCAGACACACAAAGCCUUCCCUUCCAACGCCAGUCAUGCACUUGUGCAGCAACGCCAUCUAGUAUGUGCGUACAAUCGUUCAGAGCCCGGUUGACCUGUCAACGCAAAUACCGAAAUUACUGGUACUCUGAAGCCCAAAGGCCUCGAUCGAAGCCCGGGCUUGGAUGAAUUCGGAGCAGCAGGACUUGCUCAAUGGCCAGACAUUCCAACCAAUAUCCCCGCCAUGAUCAAAGUAUGCCACACUUUCUUUUCCGGGCCCUUUUCACCUUGACACCUUUGGUAUUGGGCUUGGCCUCAUAACUCUCCUCUUCCGCCUGAAUGGCAGUGUGAAUGGCUAGGUCAAAGACGUCUUGAAUGCCUCUAGAUUCCUUUGCACUGCAUUCAAUGUAUGCUGCGCCCAUCUGUCUGGCCACUGCUUGACCUUGCUCUGGUGUGACGGGUGUCAAGCCUUGGGUGCGGAGGAGCUCGAUACACGUUCUCUUGUUUCGGAGAUCCGACUUCAAACCCACGAGAAUGAGGGGAGUAGUAGGGCAAAAGUGCAAGACCUCAGGAUACCACUGUGAUUUGCAGUUAGUAGCGGUCGAUGAGGUAACAGGGAAAUCGAUGGACUAACCUUGUCCAUGACGUUCUCGAGCGAAUUGGGGCAGUCGAUCGCAAAGCAAACAAAGAGAAGAUCAGUUUCGGGAUAGGAGAGUGGUCGAAGGCGAU